UUCUCGUCACCUUCCAAUAGAAUUGCCCGUCUAAACUAAUCCUAUACCUCCAAUCCGAACCCAAACCCAAACACAAUCACAACCGAGCCAAUAUGCCCCCAACUCCCGGCGAAUCCAACCUCCAAACCCUCCUCGCCUCCCUCUCACCAUUUCUCCACCCGGACAUUUUCGUCUUUCUCACCAUCCCCCACACCAGCAUCUCCCAAGCAAGUCCGGAUCUCCACACCCUGCAACCGCAGCUCCUCUUCCAGGAAGCAGAAGGCACCACGUACAUUGUGACUCGUGAACGUGCCGAAGCACACGGCUUCACGGACUAUGUCUUCCCCUGCCGCAUGAUUACCAUCAGCGUGCAUUCUAGUCUUGAGGCAGUGGGGCUGAUGGCUGCUAUUAGCGCUAAGCUUAAGGAGGCUGGGGUGAGUGCGAAUGUGGUUAGUGGGUUCUAUCAUGAUCAUGUUUUUGUUCCUGAGGGGAGGGAGGAGGUUGCGAUGAGGGCGUUGGAGGAGUUGUCGGGGAAGUGAGGUGAAGGAAAUUGUUUGGUGUGAGGGAGCAUAUUUCUUGUAGUAUUGAUUGGGGGCAUUGGGUAGAUAUUGAUAUUGAAGGGAGCUUUGUAGCAUGUCAUUAGGGGAUGGUGUUGAGAUGUACUAUUAGUAUCCUUAACCGUGCUGUUUUUUAUGACCAAAGUUAUCCAGUUUGCAAUAUCGAUGCUAACC